GAACUUCAUUUCCCAGCAGGCAUUGCGUCCGUAUUGUUUCCGGUGACGCAUGCGAUAUAAAGAUGGCGGAGUCCAAGGGUGAACGCGCGUGUGUGAUUCCCGGAGGUUUUACAGUGCUGUCACUGAAGUUCAGUGAGGAUGAUGCUGCUGUUCAUCAGCUGUGUGUUAAAGAACAUCGAGUCCGAUCUGAGAAAAACACACACAGACCACUGGACAGAACACUGUUUGUCCUCAACAUCCCUCCGUACUGCACACAGAGUGUUGUUACAGACUUGUUCUCACGGUUUGGUCCGAUCGAGUCAGUAGAACUGUGUGAGAGACCAGGAGGAUCAGAAACUACCCGGAGUGAGCUGUCCAAACACUUCACACCUGCAGAGAAACAGUGUUUCAGAGUGGGCUACAUUAUAUUUAAAAACACUUCCAGUGUAACAGAGGCAAAGUGUCAUUCAUCAAGCAUCCCGCUGAUCGUCUCCACGAAAGACCGACCCAUCAGAACCGGCAUUCACAAGUGGAUUGAACAGUAUUCCCAGUUGCUGAUUGAAGCGUCGUCACUGCAGAGCGCCGUUGAUAAAUUCAUGAAUGAAUUUGACAGACUGAAGGAAGAGGAGGCGGAGCGUCUGAAGAAAGAGGCGGAGCAACAGAAGGAGGAUGAAGAGGGUUGGGUGAAAGUGACGAAGGGAGGCCGUGGCGCUAAGGCCCGCCCACACAGCGAGAUGGCCAAUGAGAGAUUGCUUAAAAAAGAAAACAAGAAAAGGGAACGUAAAGAGCUGCUGAACUUUUACUCGUGGCAGCACAGAAACACACAGCGCGAACACAUCGCUGAGCUCAGGAGAAAGUUUGAAGAAGAUAAACAGAGAAUCGCUUUACUGCGAGCACAGAGGAAAUUCAGACCCUACUGACACCACUUGCCCACAGUCACCCUGGACAUCCUCGCUCAUUCUGUAUUCAGACUUUCAUUUGAAAUAAAAAUUAGAGGGAAAAAUC